AUGGAGAAAGCUGAAGAUUUGCAUAACGCGUCUGGGCAUGACCCAAGGCGGGAGUCAAUCCCAUUCUCGCACAAUACCAAUGAUGGCGAAUCUUCAAUAUCCUCAUCUCCUUCAACACGAGCGACUGGCCUGAAUAGGACAAAUACCGAUGCGUACUCCCUAGGCGAAUGGGAAAGCAUCAGAGCACCCGGAACGCGCAUGAGCAUGACCAGAACCGUCUCCCGACGCGAAUCUGCAAUGUCCAGGAUCCGAUCUCGACCUCCGACGCAAUUCAGUCACCCUCUAGCUCACGUCAAGACAACUGAGGAGGAGCUCGUUGACUUCGAUGGUCCAGACGAUCCUUAUCGGCCGAUAAACUGGCCGACCAAGAAGAAAAUCAUCACGACAAUGCUGUACGGCCUUGUCACCAUGUCUGCAACCUGGGCCUCUUCCUCUUAUUCUUCAGGAACGCGUCAGGUGGCAUCGCAUUUCCACGUCGGGACACAGACAGCCACUCUAGGAACUACCCUGUUUCUCGUGGGCUUUGGACUUGGUCCGCUUCUCUGGGCUCCUCUGAGUGAAGUCUAUGGACGACGACAAGCGGUUCUGAUCCCCAUGUUCUUUGCAAUCUGCUUCAGUUUCGGGAGCGCGGUAGCAAAAGAUUUUCAAACCCUCAUGAUUACACGUUUUUUCUGUGCUUUUUUUGCAUCGGCGCCUGUUACUAACACGGGAGGUGUCCUGGGCGAUUUGUUCCUACCAACAGAGAGAGGCAUUGCAAUGGCGGGAUAUGCAAUGGCUGUUGUUGGUGGGCCUGUUAUAGGUCCAAUUGCGUCAGCUGCUCUCGUGCAGAACCCCAGUCUAGGCUGGAGAUGGACAGAGUAUGUCACCGGUAUAAUCCAGAUUAUCUUUCUGCUGUUAGCGGCUAUUUUCAUUGACGAGAGUUAUCCUCCCAAGCUUCUCAUCUAUAAGGCUCGGCGUCUCCGUCAUGAAACUGGUAAUUGGGCGCUUCAUGCCAAGUUCGAAGAGUGGGACGUCAGUAUUCAAGAGCUUGCACGAAAGUUCCUAGUCCGUCCAGUUCAACUUCUCUUGACGCCUAUUUGCUUCCUCGUCGCCUUAUAUGCCAGCUUCUGCUAUGGUAUUCUCUACAUGCAGCUUGGUGCGAUCCCCAUCAUCUUCAGGGAGAUCAAAGGCUGGGGAACUCUCGUGUCUUCGCUGCCUUUUAUCUGCAUCUUUCUUGGAGCUGUGCUGGGAUGUGGAGCGAAUGUUUACAACCAGUUGCUUUACAACAAGGCUUACCAUGCUGCUGGCAAUCGAGCUGUUCCUGAGAAGCGUCUUCCUCCCAUGAUGGUUGGCUCUGUGAUCUUCAGCGGAGGCCAGUUCCUCAUUGGAUGGACCGCAGAGAAAGACAUCCACUGGGUUGUUCCCUGCAUUGGUCUGGUCCUACUGGGAACCGGCUUCUUUACCAUUUUCCAGGCAGCACUCAACUACCUCGUUGAUACUUUCACCGCAUAUGCAGCGUCUGCCAUUGCCGCCAACACGUUUCUCCGUUCUAUGUUUGCGGCUGCUUUUCCACUAGUAGUUGGGCCACUAUAUCACAAUAUUGGCGUUGGACCAGGCUCGAGUAUCACGGGUGGGUUUGCUGCGUUGUUAAUUCCUGUUCCAUUUGUGUUUUAUAUCUAUGGAAAGAGGAUUAGAGCUCGAUCAAAGUGGUCAAAGGCCUCGGUGUAUGAUUGA